AUGGAGUGGGUCGCCGCCGCUUCAGGAAAGAGGGGCGAUCCCUUUGCUGGAGGGAUCCCUUCCUGGGAGCCUCCCGAUGCGCCCCCGAUGGCAGCAGAGAGCGGCCCCGAGGAGCGGCAGGGCUGCACUGAAGGCAUCCGCUUUGCAGGCUCUGAAAAGUUUUCCACGUUUCAGUCGAGGUCAACAUCUCCUCCUUGGGAAAAGGACGUUGCUGCGGUAGAGUCUGCCCAGCAGCUGGUGACCUUUGAAGAUGUGGCUGUCUGUUUCACAAAGGGGCAGUGGGAUCUGCUGGAGCCAGAGCAAAAAGCCUUGUACAAGGAGGUCAUGCAAGAGAACUACGAGAACGUGGCCUCCCUGGGUUUUCCAGUUGCCAAACCGACCCUGAUCUUCAGUCUGGAGCAAGGAGCAGAGCCCUGGGUUCAAGAUAUGGGAGAAAAAGCAAUCAAAGCAAGUGACAAGAAGACGGCGAAGAAAAAAGCAACCUGCCCCCUGUGUGGAAAAAUAGUCUCUUCCAAAUAUGCUCUUAUCGGGCACACGAGGACCCACACGGGAGAGAAGCCUUUCGAAUGCCCCGACUGCAGGCGGAGGUUUGCCUUGCGGAAGAAUCUGACCUUGCACCAGAAAACUCACCAGAAACAUCUUGUGCCAAACUCCCAGUUAAUCCAAGAAACCGCUUCCUGUAAAGAAUCUGCUUUUAGCCAGAACCAGCCAGGGGGACAAGAACUUCAAGGUAAGUGCUUCUAA